AUGGCUCGCGCUGCACUUGCUAGGAUGUCCUGGGAAGGCUAUUCUUUACGCCCAGUCCCAAAUGCGAACUCCACGUUCAUCCCGAGCUUCCUCUAUGGCACAGCAUGGAAGAAGGACCGAACAACGGACUUGGUGCACCAAGCAAUUGGCGCUGGAUUUCGCGCGGUAGAUACAGCAGGCCAGCCUAAACAUUACCGGGAAGAUCUAGUCGGUGAAGGUAUACGUAGAGCCAUCGGUGAUGGGACCGUUCGCCGAGAGGAUCUAUACGUUCAAACAAAAUUUACAUCUGUCCAGGGGCAGAAUCCCGAUGAUAUGCCGUACAGCUCCAAGGAUAGUGUGGCAGACCAAGUCCACGCUUCUGUGAAGUCAUCUCUUUACAAUCUUCGCCCGGCCGCUGUGCCUGAAAGCGCCGAUGAGACGUACAUCGACACUUUUGUACUUCAUUCUCCAUUACCUACCAUGGCUCAGACGAUGGAGGCGUGGUCGACGUUGGAGACAUAUGUUCCCCAUCGCAUCCGCAACCUGGGCAUUUCGAACACCACACUCCCUAUCUUGCGAGAGAUCAUGUCGUUGGCCAAGAUAAAGCCUGCCGUAGUGCAAAACCGGUUCUACGGCGGAACCCAAUUCGAUGUUCCUCUCCGCGCUUACUGCAAAGAGCAUGAAAUCGUGUAUCAAAGCUUUUGGACGUUGACAGCAAAUCCAGAGCUGGUUCAGUCCAAACCGGUGUUGUCACUUGCAAGGGACGCGGGAGUAUCAACAGCUACGGCCUUGUAUGGUCUCGUUCUGGGCCUUGGAAACACCACUAUUCUGAACGGGACAACUAAGAAGAAUCACAUGGAGGCAGAUUUGACUGCGCUCAAGAGCUUGCAGCAGUUUUCCCGCGAUAGGCCGGACGAUUGGCAAAGUAUUCUUGAGAAUUUUGAACAGCUCACUGGAGACCACGUAUAUUUGCAGUGA